AAAAAAAACUAAACGUCAAUUCGUCACGAAGACAAUCACGUAUAACACGAAUUUGCAAGUAGUGAGCAAAGUAAAUGAUGGGAAAGCAACUGGAGUGAAAUUGUUGUUUUUUACAGUGUUUUGUUACCAAUACUUGUGUGUUCAAUUUAUAUCAAGGUACAUUGCGUGAACAUUGUUGUGUAGGAAACCUACGUGAUUAUGUGUACAAUAUGCGCAGAGUGUUGAUUAUGAAUGACAUCUGUUAACAAAAGGAAAACAGAAAUAUAACGAAGUUAAUAAUCAUAUUCCAGAAUGAGUUCGACGGAGACCAUCAACGUGACCGCUCAGCCGAUCAUGGAGGUCGUCCAUGAUAAGUCGAUGUUCCUGCAGACGACUGCUGCCCAGGGUAUCGCCGGUAUUUUCGUGUGGGCCGCUUUAUUCAUUACUUGCCAACAGAUUUACCAGCACCUGCGCUGGUACACAAACCCAUCGGAGCAGCGUUGGAUAGUGCGCAUAUUGUUCAUCGUACCAAUAUACGGCUGCUACAGUUGGAUAUCGCUGCUCUUCUUCAAUGGAAACUCCUACUAUGUAUACUUCUUCACCGUUAGAGAUUGCUAUGAAGCGUUCGUGAUCUACAGUUUCCUGUCACUAUGCUACGAGUACCUCGGCGGAGAGGGCAACAUAAUGUCCGAACUGCGCGGUCGCCCCGUGCGUGCGUCCUGCGUCAACGGCACCUGCUGUCUCAGUGGCGCCACCUACACAAUCGGCUUCCUGCGGUUCUGCAAGCAGGCCACACUACAGUUCUGUCUGAUAAAGCCAGUCUGCGCUUUCAUUAUUAUAUUCCUGCAGUCUCGCGGCCUCUACCACGACGGUGACUGGAGCCCUGACGGCGGCUACAUCUACAUCACCAUCGUGUACAACUUCUCCGUCAGCUUGGCGCUGUACGGGCUGUUCCUGUUCCUGGGCGCCACUAGAGAGAUGCUCAAGCCCUUUGACCCCGUGCUCAAGUUCUUCACCGUCAAAUCUGUUAUUUUCCUCUCGUUCUGGCAAGGUGUCGCCUUAGCCAUCCUCGAGAAAGCCGAAGUGAUAUCCCCGAUCCACGACGCGAACGGUGUCCCAACCACGGCGGGUACCGUGUCCGCUGGCUACCAGAACUUCCUGAUCUGCCUGGAGAUGCUGGCGGCGGCGGUGGCGCUGCGCUACGCCUUCCCGGCCGCCGUGUACGCGCACGCGCAUCGCGACCCGCACCGCUCUGUCACCAUGCAGUCCAUCUCUAGCAGCUUGAAGGAGACAAUGAACCCCAAGGACAUAAUGACAGAUGCGUUCCACAAUUUCCACCCUCAGUACCAGCAAUACACGCAGUACAGCUCCGUGAUGCGCGGGGGCGCGGGCGCGGGCGGCGGCAAGCGCGGCGAGGAGGGCGCCGCCCUGGCGCCGCGCCCGCCGCCGCAGCGGGUCGCCACCAUCUCGCACGCCACUAACUACCACGAGAAGACCACGCUGCUCAGCUCCGACGACGAGUUCCAGUGAACCGACAACACCACACCACACGACAGUGUUAACUGCUAACACAAAAACCACCCCUAUCUCGACCCAAUAAGGUUGAUUACUGUAACUGUUAUUGAUACCACUGACGUGCGGUUAAAGCCAGCCCCAUGAGCAACCGUUUCUUGUUGUUAUUCGACUAAAAUGUCCUCUUUCUUGAAGUUUCAAGAGAUGAUGACGUUUGUUUACAAUAAAGAAACUUUUUGAGCCUAAGAUAGUUAAUGGAAAAAAUGCUGACAAGAGCGACAAGUGAGAGUUCAUAAACAACUAACAAUAGAAUUAAUUAAAAAAACAUAAUAAUGACUUAAUAAAUUAAAUAUUUAGGUAAACAGAUAUGCCUGAAAGCUAUUAAAUUUUAAGGAUCUCGAAUGCUUGACUUUAUAGUCUAUGGUAAUUGCUUAAUUCAUCGAUUUUUCAAAUGACAUUUCAGGUAACAAAGAAAAUAAUGAUGUGCUUAACAUUGUCGAAUAACAACAAACGCUACUGCUAAAAUGUUAAGGAAAAAGUUACCCGAAUAGAAAGGUUCAUUUUAAAAGAUAAAGAAUAUAUUUUUAUGUAUCACUUGGAGUCCUCUACUACUUUUAACAUAUAUGUCUAUAUAGUUAACAUGCCUGACCCAAAAUAGCGUAUCUACCUUUUUAGUUAUUUAUCACAACGGUGUUAUUUUCGGACGACUAUUUCCAGACCGAACAGAAUAUAAGCUGAUGCGAAUCGAACUCAAGUGUUGCCCGACUCGCGACAUCGCCCCGCCCGUCGUGAUAAAUAAUUACAAAUCCGAUCACAAACAAUAUAAAAAUAGCGUGUACCUUUGUUAACGAUUCAAAAAAAUAUUAAAAAUUAUAGAAAUAAACAAAAAGCUUUAUCAUUACUGGGUGUCAUAGCAUACUUAUAAUAAAAAUUACGAGAAAAUUAAUAUAAGUUUUAGUACCAACUAGUUUAUGUUGUUAGAUUUGUAUUAUUUAUUCAUUGGGUCAUCGCUUCUUGGGAUAUUGAAAUCUAUAUCUAGGAACAACAUCCGCAUACUAGGAUGACAGAUGUAUGCAGAUAUGAUGAGUUAAAAAUAAAGUCACCAGCCUUUAUCAUAGAGGUUUUAAUACGAUUCGACAUACCCGGCGACAAUGGCGCGAUAUAGGAUCAUAAGAUUGUAUAGUUAUGUAACAUAAGUAAAUGAAAUAGCAAAUGAUACAUUAUUAAAGUUUACAGGAAAAGAGGAAUUAUUAUUCUAUAGAUAGCUAUUAUUGUCUCGCUGUAAGGGUCGUUGAGUAAUUCCAUAGCACGUUUAGUUAUGAGUUUAAUUACAGUAGAAAUACCAUUGAGACACCUUCACAUAUCUGAUAAAACAAUGUUAUAAAUAUGUUACUUAAUUUAUUAUUGUCCUUUGGAUGUGCCUUUUCCAACUCCGCUUACCUACAAACAGCUUAACUCAAGCAUUUUGGAAAAUAUGUGGUAAUUUUGCUUUUAAUGUGUGCACAAAUUAAACAUUCCUUCUUGCCAAAUACCAAAGAUUCACUGCCAAAAAUAACCUAUUUUUGCGACUUAAAUUACGGUGUUGCUAGAAUUGUUAUUAAGUAUUGAUUUUUAGUUAGUAAAUGCUGGACGAUAAACUAUCGAAAUGAUCACAUAAAAAGCUAAAAUAAUGUACCUACCUACUGUAUGCAAAAAUUGCAUUAUGAAAACGAUAACACUCCUUUUCAUUCCGUCAUAAAAAUAAUUCUAUUUGAAUUUUUGACUAAAAUGGUCAGAAUGAUCUUGAUAAAGCAAAA